CUCCUCGGCCCUCGUCGUCGCAACUUGUAUCGUGCAGAGUGCAGGUGCGGCGCGCAUGCACGACCCACGGCAAGCAGCCCGCGACGCGUGCACGCGUUGUCACCCCACCCUCUCCACUCUCCCCACUCCCUCUACCCUCCCCACCUGCCGCACCUGCCGCACCCACCGCUGCCUGGCCAUCUCAAGCCCCGAGUCGUGCCCUCCAUCCUCUGACACCCCUCGUCUCGCUCCAGUGCACCUUGUUCCACCUCUGUCAACCUGGAGCGCACGGGCGAUCUUAUGGCGAGAGACCCUCCCAAUUCUCUUUGUUGUGCAGUUUUUGGACGAUGUGUGAUAGUGAAUGUAGGCAGUCGCGCAGUUGCGGCCAUUGAGAUCAAAGCCAUAGGUAGUCGAGGAGGCCAAAGGAGCCGCCACACACCCACCUUUCCCAUCUCCCAUCUGCUAUACUGCUAUCUAACUAUCUAUCUAUCGAUCAGUCUUGAUCAUCAUCGUCGUCGUCGUCGUCGCCGUCGUCUCUGUCUCCGUCGUCGUCGUCGUCGUCGUUCUACUCAGCGUCCUCCCAUCUUUGAUCACCACAUCAUUUCUCGCUCCUCACACCUCACACCCUCACACCCCUCACAUCACACUCCCACCUCCUCACCCGCUCCAUUCCCGGCCAUGGCCGAGCUUACGAUGGAGCGCCCUGCCACCGCGCUCUCCAACUUCAGCUGUUACAGCGACUCGGCAACACGAUCCCACUCCGACCACCUCCACAAUGCCCUCCAGCUCGACGAAGUCGAUGCUCUGGGUGCCCUGCCUCCCCCACCCGCCCCCUUCCCAAUGGAGCAGCUUGCCCUGCUCCUCGCCGCGUCUAACGGAAGGCAAGCAUUAGAAGACGACCGUGUCUCGGACGUCCUCUCCGAUGCUGGCACCGACGCUUCCGACGUCACGGUGUCAGUAGAGUACGACUACGACGACAUGACCGAGCUCAAUCUCGUCGGGAUACAGCGACACUGCGCCGACUGCAUCGAGAUUCUCGUCCGACCACACACCUCAGGCUCGGGUUCAAGUGCGGGCUCCGCCGACAAGGAACUCGCCGCCAAGCUCGGCGACCUCCUGGAAGCAACAUACGAGCUCGAGACGUUCCACCCGAGCUCGGCGUGCUGCUCGCCGGCGACCCCGGCAGAGGAGGAUGGAGAUCAGUCGCCGUUCCUCGCCCUUGUCCACGCCCUGCUUGGCGCUCAAGCCGUGGUGGCGCAGCGUCAGCCCCGCCCUGCGCCACAAAACCUAUCCAGCGAGACGUCUGAACAUCCGGUGGAGGUCGUGCGCGAGGAGUUGGCUUGGGCACGCGUCGAGACGCUUGCUCGCGACAUUGUCGACAUGGUGCGCGCACGAGAUGACGAGGACGCUCCCCGCUUCUCAUCAGAGGAGGACGACGACGUCAAGAGCAUCCUCUCGCUGCCGCCAAAGUAUCGGCGGAGCGAGCGCGACUCGGCCGGCUCGGGCAGCUCGCGCGUCUCCGGCCCACCAGCAUACAAGGACUAUCGCGACGACCGGGUGCUGGGCGAGACGGCGUCGGCGGUGUCGGGCAAGGACCGGAAGAGCGGCGAGUUGUCUUCGCCACGCAGCAUGCACUCGGCGUUGAGUAGCAUCGCGCCGAUCCUCAACGACCUCGACACGGUCACGCACGCCAUUGAGCGGCUGCACACCAUGGCGCCGCAGCUCGACGACCAGCGCAUCGCGCUGCGCACCUCGGCCCAGCGGCGGACCAAGCCUGCGCCGGCGCCACUGAGCCUCAAGAAGCCGAGCGAGGCGAGACUCCGCGAGCUCGACGACCUGUGGGACAAAAUCGAGCGCGCCCACGCACCGACCAAGGAGGCCGCCGUGGCACUCGACGACCGGCGGCUAUCGCGCAAGUCGUACAUGUUCCGGGAGCUGCCGCCGACGCCGGCGAGCGCGCCCGCGUCGCGCAACGUCUCGCGCACACGCAGCCGGCGCGAGGACGUAGAGCGCACAACAUUCCUCGAAGAGCUGAUGGAGAACAGCGCGAGCACACGCAUGCGCGACCAAGACGUGCCGCUGCGGCCGCGCGCGGCGCUGCCCAAGCCCAGCGGAUACUUGGAGGAGGCGAUUGACCGGAGUCCAGCACGGCUUGGAACACAAGACUUUCCAAUCCCACUCGAGACGUUCCUGGCCAACAAACGAAAACAGACUGCCGCCGCUCGAUCUGCAAAUCCCACAAUUCACAAUUCUGACAAGGCUCCAUCCAUCUCGGCGUACUCGACCAAGUCAUCCAAGUCGUCCACCCUCAAAGCGCGCCGCAAGUUCAAGGAGAAGGACUUGUUCGCCAUCGUCGCCGACGCCGGCUCGCGCCUGCCCAACCAGGACGCGCCCCCGCCCACGCCCAAGAGGAAAGCUUUCCUCUCCCUCACCGGCAACGCGCCGCCGCGCGCCCCGCUCUCGUCUACGGGGUGGCUGCCGCGCGUCGGAUCGCGCGAGCUCUUGACGCCGCGCACGCCCGUCACUCCCUCGAGUCCGUGGGGCCGCACGCCGUCCAUCGGGCCCAGGACGCCUACGUCCCCCGCCUUCCCGCCGAGCCUGUACGACGAGCCGACUCGCACGUCCGAGCCCCGCUCCAUUCGCAAGCUCAUGGGCCAGCUCGUGCGCCGUGGGUCUACCACGUCCCUCAAAGACAGUGGUAGCGCGAACACCACCCCGAAAUGCCGCCCCGUCCCUCUCCCCCCUCCCCCACCUCCCGCCAUCGACCCCGAUGCCGUCGGCUACCUGUGCGAGACGCAGGAGAACCUUCGCGUCGUCCAGGUCAUGCUAUACGGCGGCGACACUGCGCUAGCGACUGACCUCGAGCUCGAAGUCACAACACCGGGUGGCGCUGUCGUCACGUCGCGCUCUGACCCAAAUGUGCGCAUCAACAUCGCCCUUCCCUCCGCUGUGCCGCUCGGCCAGCGCGUGCCCUUCGUCCUGGCGGACGGGCACAUGGAGGCGAAGCUCGCCGCACUGCCCAUGAGCGCGGCAAGCUUGAACGCUCACAUCACGCACGCCCUCUCCGCGCCGAGUCUGCGACAACUCGCUCCCAGAAGCCUGUGCUGCACGCAGUGCGACCGCGAGAUUGCCGAGUUCCCAAGCGGCGUCGCGUUCAAGGACCUGCCGAGCGAACACUGGGCUGAGAUGCUCGAGGUGUGGAUGUGCCAUGCCGACCCAGCCUUCACCGCCCACAUCGCCAAGCAGACCAAGGACGGGUUCUGGCCGACAAACAACACGGUGCUCGUCGGCGGGUCGUACCUCCUCGUCUCGGGGAACGACGUGUGCAAGACCAAACUGGUGGAGCAGGAGAGCAGCGAGCCUGACGAGUGGCGCCGCGUCUCAUGCCCUUGCGGCGAGGUGCUCGGCAAGGUCCGUCAGUCGGGCUACAUCGGCGCGGGCACGGUGCGGUUCAACAAGUGGGCGAUAUCGCUCAUGCGCGGGCGUGGCAUCGGCGAGAUCGAGCACGUGCGCUUCCCCGUGUCCUGCUUUGUCGUCUCGGACAUGCUGGAGCUCUCACAAGCGCACGCGGCCUACCGCUUCCUGAUCGCGGAUGAGGCGACGGGCGCCCCGCGCCUCGCGCUCUGGCUCUUCAAUCCCAGCAUGCACGUCGCCUAUCGCCGCCCGGCAAAGGCGACAUUCAGCCUGACGUCGGCGCCGCCGGCGCCGUCGCGGCCCUCGAGCGAACGCCCCGGCCGCUUGGGCAUGCGUGCGUCAGGCGACCGCGCGCGGGGCCGCAACGCAUCAAGCACGCGCGCGGGCGAGCCGGCGCGCUCGAUGCGCGCCGCCAAGAUCAUGUUCAAGCUCCUCGACGGCGCGGACCGGGGCACGGCGGGCCUGCCGGGCUUCGGCGGCGCCGUCGAGACCAUGCGGUAUCCGCGCGACGUGUGCGACAGCCUUAUUGCGGCGCUGCGCGCGAGCACGACCGUGUACCCUGCGAGCCGGCGGGCGCUGGGCGCGUUCAGUGCGGGGUUCUUGGAGCGGGUGUGAUGUGUAACAGUGUACGAAAGUAGAAGGUAUCUAGAAGAUUGGCAUCGUAACAGUCAUCGAAGUGUACGUGGUUCCGGGCAUGCAUGUACAUAGGCGUGAAGAGUGGGGAGGGGUGGCCAGGAGGAUGAGGCAAAGACUGUUUGAGGAGGAGCUUAGGGGGGGAGGUUGAGGCAUGUGGCGCUGAGCGGCCAGCUUGCAGUCACCGCACGCCACUGCUUCGAAGCGAGGGUGCCGCGACGCAAGAAGACGACGAUAUUGCGAUAUGGCGAUCGAGUGAGCGUUAUCUCGCGUCAGCAUGCCGAGGCGAUCUCGCACGAUCGCAUGGCCGCGCCUGAUUAAUGUCAGCUUGGCAUGGCGCAGAGG